AUGGCCGACGACAAAAGUCUGAGUCGAUACGCUUGCGACUACUGUUGGAAGAAAAAGGCAAGUGGAAGACGAUUCCAGUUCCGUUACAUUACUCACAUCAGAGAGAUCUCGCUAAUCAUUCCAACCGCUGAACAAACUGGUCAGCAGGGAGGCCCAAAUACCGGGUUUGCUGUCCUUCAGAGUUGUUCAGGUUUCCAAACAAUCCAAGAUCAGCCGCCAGAGUUCGGCAACGACACUCUCUCCACCAUUACGUCCGCCUUUUCCCACACUCGGGAUGUGCUUGAAUGCAAUGGGAUACGCCAGAAUCUCACCGACAUCACGGGUCAAGGUACGGGCAUGCUUUCUCACCUCUACAACCAAUUCAAAGAUUCGACUUAUGACUACGACAAGAUCAAAGCUGCAGUCAGAAUGAAGAGACGAGAGCAUGAAGCCUUUUUCAUCCCGACCGAACUAGUUGGGGAGAUGUUUGUUCAAUGUUUUCUUACAGCGGUCGACCGAGGAUAUCCGAUCAUCAGUCGGCCUCCCCAAGAGGUCUUACUUGACUUGGUCUUUCGUCCCUCUUCGGUGGACAACCGAGGGUGGCUACUAAUGUUUAACACUGUCCUGGCAACGGCGUCAACACAAAGCCAGCAAUUGUCCGAAUAUACCUUCCACUUGCGCUGGAAUGCAUGGGUAGCGGCGGAUGAGGCCAGCAUCUUUAUGGAACCAACCAUACUCAACAUACAAGCAUUGACCGUCUUUGCCGUCCACGGACAAGAUCUUGUGACUCCCAGUCUUUGCUGGAAUUUGGCGAGUCAGGCGUGCCGGAUGGCCCAGAUGAUCAAGCUUCCACUUCCAUCGGUAUCUGAAACGAGGAACGGCGAGCUAUAUUCUCGCAAUCUCUGCCUCUUCUGGAGCCUCUUCAUCAUCGACAAGUCAUUGUCGCUCUCCUUCGGAUGCCCUCCAGUGUUGCCUUCGGCGUUAUAUGGCAACCUCGAGCUUCCGUCUCCUCAGCAGCUCUCAGCAUAUAGACCCCAUCUGACCACCUCUGGCGCCGUAUCGGUACUUCCACCUCACGUGGAGUUCUUUGGAGCAUUCUAUUUUGUGCAAUGCACGAAACUAGCAAUGAUCAUGGGUGAUAUUUCAGAUUUCUACCUUCUCGGCAGGCGUGACUCAAGCUGCCACGCAAGUCUCAGGAAGAGACUCGAUCAAUGGAUAUCUGUCGUCCAACAGAGUCAAACUUUGCACACCAACCUUGCAGAUGCGGUCGACUCAGCCAGCCUCUCCAUCAAGAUUGGUUUCAGCUUUCUGAACUACCAAUACCAUCAUCUCAUUGUCUGCCUGACAAGAGGCGACGAAUCUUGUCGCGAAAAGUGCCUUGGCUCUGCGAGAGCAGCAAUAUCGCUGCUUAAAGGCUUAGUUGCCCAUUCUGAGGAAGUAUUCAAUGGCAUUGUCUGGCAGCAGUUAUACUACCCUUUCACUCCGUUCUUCGUACUGUUUGGGGAAGUGAUCACCAAUCCAACCGGGAAGACAACCGUGGAAGACCUGCAGCUCCUCCGGCAAACAGUGUUGUACUUUCUCGAGUUCCAAAAGUACCAUACUUCAGCGGUCAAGCUUGAGAAAGUAGCAGAAACCUUUACAAAGAUCGCCGAAGCCUAUGUCCGCCACAUCUUCAGAAAACAAAAGGGCCUGACCAGCAGCGAACUCUUUCGCACGACCAAGCCGGUGGUGUUCCGGGCCCAGCCUGGAAGUGGUCCCUCAAAUACCUUCACUUCCUCGAUAACCGCAACCUCGUCCUCGCAACAAGAUGUGAACCCGGCCAGUUCUAACGUUGGGACAGCUGACCACAUGGACUACCAGCUUCGGUUGGACGAGACCAGCAACUUAGACCCCACCUCGCUCCUGCGACUCUUUUCCUAUCAAGGCAAUGAAGCGAGCAUCUUCCGAGAUAUCCAUGUCACAGAUAUCCCAGCAGACAGCAUGCAAGGGCUACAGGAGCGAGAAGGGGUUAAUAGCAAUAACCGAGCUCUUGACCACUGGCAAAUUCCCGAGCCAAGCCAAUACGUGUCACUCCACGACGUCGAAAUGAACGGGAGAAACCAAUUCUCGCAAUGUACCUUCGACUGGUUUGCGCUUGAGAACUAUGCCAUGUAG